CUCAUCCGAUCAACGAUCAACAAAGCAGCUCCAUCAAAACAGAGCGAAGAGUUUUCACCCUCAUUUUGCCAACCCAAGUGAAAAGACAAAGGCAACAGACAAUCCUCGCUGAAGCAAUAGCCGAAUUUGCCAUGGGCGACCUCCUGGACGAUGUAUUUCGCAUCCUCGCAACGGCGACCAAAUUGGAAGACAACGAUGACACCAAGAUCGAGGCAGCUACCAAGUACUAUGAGGCAAUCUACUUGAUGCGACAGUACAUUCAGAGACUCCCAGCCACAUCUGAACAGCAGCAAAAGCGAGACCUUUUAGAGGAAAAGGCAAAGCACUAUGAAAAAAUUGCACAGAAUUGCCUUAGGACUGGCAAUUCACUGGCAGGAAGCAGCAAAGAAUCACCCUGUUCGGACACCCGACGAAGCAUUACUACCGAUCCAAGGUCUCCAAUUGCCAAGCACGGAUUUUUCAAUGAGGACUCCAGCGUAGUUCCGUUGCCACCACCUUCUUUUUCGCCAGUCAAACCUCAGUCGCCUCGGUUCAGCUUGUCUGCCCUUGUCAACCAAACUACAAGUCAGGCCAAUGCCAAAUUAGCAACUGCUAUGGACGCCGACGAAAGGGGUGAAAAGAAUGCGGCAAUCGCCACCUACAUGGACGCUGCCGAGUUGUACCUGAAAGCAAUGAAAGCUGCCGAGGAUAAGAAUGGCAAGACCAGUGGAUGUGGAGAAAAUGUGGCCGUCGUCCUGAGGCGUCGUCUUGAGCAGACAUUGGACCGUGUGGAGCAAUUGAAGAAUCCAAAACCACGACAACCCACAAAAGUUCAUAUGGAGCAGAGACAAAGGCAGCAACAACAGCAGCGCUCCAAAUCUUCUCUGACGCCAGAGGAGGUUUCAGUUUUGACCAGAUCAAGUCUCAUAUCGAGUGGACUAUUCUUGCCGUGGUCAGAUGACGACGCUCAAGCCUUGAAUGCAGAGCUCAAAUCACCGAUGAACCUCUUUAGAGAUAAGGGAGACUUGCCUCUAGCCGACAAACAAAAGAAAACAUUCUACAAGUGGGCCAGACCAUCAGAGAUAUUGCAACUAAGACAGCACUUGAGAGGACAUGGAUCAGGAAAGACCAUGAGUCCAGUGAUGGUCCUUGGGACAGUCUCGCCCUACAAAAUCAAGCAAUAUGGAGUCACGGAUUGCUCCUUCAUUGCCAGCCUUUGUAUCUGUGCUGCCUAUGAGAGAAGGUUCCAAAAGAGCCUCAUCUCUCCCAUUGUGUACCCACAAACACCCGAUGGAAAGAUGGUUUACAAUCCUAAUGGCAAAUAUAUGGUGAAACUCUGGUUGAAUGGAGUUGCCAGACAGGUCGUGGUCGACGAUCGACUACCGAUAGACAAAAACGGCAACUUGCUGUGUGCAAAUAGCCAGAGUCCUCCUGGUCAGCUUGAGAUCUAUGUCCCCAUCAUUGAAAAGGCAUUCUUGAAGAUGGCGGGUGGCUUUGACAAUGGCUAUAACUUCCCAGGCUCCAACAGUGGAGUUGAUCUCUACGCACUGACAGGUUGGAUUCCAGAACGGAUCCUGUUCCCAAAGGAUCCAAACAAAGUGCGAGAUCAUGAAACGUCAAGAGAAAGGGCAUGGGAGAGGCUAAUGUCAGCGCACAGUUUUGGCGAUUGCCUGAUAACCAUGUCGAGUGAAGCUUCCAUAUCCGAGGAGCAGGCAAAUCAGAUUGGAUUGGUGACAGGCCACGCCUACGCGUGCCUCAGCGUGAUGCAAACCCAAAAUGGGAUUAGAUUGCUUCAACUGAAGAACCCGUGGGCACACAAGGGGUGGAAGGGAAGGUACUCUUGCUAUGAUACUAUCAACUGGAAUCCAAAGAUAUGUGCAGAAGUGGGAUACAACCCAGAGUUGGCCAAGAAGUCGGACGACGGCGUCUUUUGGAUCUGUUGGGAUGAUGUGCUCGUCUACUUCCAGAAUGUCCACCUUAGCUGGAACCCGGAUUUGUUCGCCUACAGAACUUCUACGCAUGGCUUCUGGCCCAAGGCUCUGGGACCCCGUGAUGACACGUUCAACUGCGGUGAAAAUCCACAGUAUGCGAUGACUCUGUCUCAAAAGGCAAUCAAGAAAGGCGCCAGCAUCUGGAUUCUCAUAAGUAGACAUGUCACAAAAUCCGAGCAAGAGGGGGCAGAGGUCAAGGACUAUUUGACAGUUCACUUGCAUAGAAACGACAAAGCAAAGGAGAGAAUCUUCUAUCCUCGCACCAAGCGCAACGUGCUCACUGGGGCAUACACCAACAAUCCACAUUGCUUGGUUAGAUACGAUGUGACUGAUCCCGCAGAUGAGUAUCUGUCCAUUGUACUGUCCCAGUAUGAGAAGUCACACGAUCUUUCCUACACAUUGUCUUGCUUCUGCACGGAACCAUUCACCUUAGGCCAGCCAGCAAAGGAGCUACCUUUUUCACGGUCUCUGACAUCCAGCUGGACGCCCUCCUCAGCUGGUGGUCCCAUUGGCAAGAAGGGAUUUUAUAGCAAUCCAAUGUUUGCAAUUGAAGUGCCGGACGGAGGGGCCACCUUUCAAAUUCAAUGUUUGGCGCCAAAAACUCUUGCAGUGAACGUGAUGCUCGUGCCUGUCCAAUCAUACGGUCAGAGGGCAACGCGCGUCACAUCUGAUCCUCCCGUUGACUCAGGCAACUAUCGCCAUGGCUUUGUUGUGACGAAACGACAACGAGCAGGAGCUGGGCCUUAUGCUCUCGUUGUCUCGGCCUACAACGCUGGCGAGGUGGGCACUUUCAAAGUGAAGAUCUCAACAUCAGUGAAAAUUUCCCUUAUUGACGAGAUUUUAAGCUAGGUGUGCGGUCGUACCUCGACGGGCGGGUUCGCUUGUUUUCGCUGUUUUGCCACUCGGCACCAGAACUCCAGCCUGAAGGCUUGUCUCUGUCAAUCCCAGUAAAUUAUAUUUAGAAUACUCACUUUUUGCUGCAAUUGAUGAAUUCAAGCCUUCGCACCAAAAUCGAUUACAUUAAUAACACUCCAACGACGACCAUGAAGCCAUUCCACCCACACACAGGAAAUACAAUAGGUGUCCAAACAUCACCAACAAAUACCCAACACCAUUGGUACAGAAACCCAUCUUCAGAGAUACCGUGGAGUCCCCACAAUUGGGAUGAGAACUCGACCCAAACCAUGACGCCACUCAACUUCGAGGAUACUUCUAGUAUUGAUACCUUUCCCCUGGCCACCUUUCACACAGACUCUCU